GCUUUCUAAUUAAAGAAACACAUUAUGAGUGAACACGGCUACAACAUAUUGUUACCUGCUGAUUACCUGAUGUCAAUUACUGUUGUAGUAAUCUACGCACAUUCAUUGUCACGCAUGGUUGCACGAUGCAGUUGACAUGUCCCCAGAUGAGUUUAUAACUGUCGGGGGUAACGUCAUUGAAUAGCGUGUCACUGGAGUCGAUCAAAGCAAUAGAGACAAAACGGGCGUGGAUUUAAAUUCUCAAACUCGUGCUAUAAAGAAAGAAAGCCAGACGUUUUGGACCCCUUUUGUGAGGGAUAGACAACUUUUAUAUUUCUCCUUGAAAACAUGGCUCUUUUAUGUGGUAUUUUACUUUUGAUAGUUUUUCCGUGUGUUUAUAAUGUUGAACUGGACAUUCACGAGGACCAUGUAGAAAUGAUGUUGGAUCCUUUUGAUCGUCUUAAGGAUUUACUAGAUGUACACACUAAAGGACUAAGUUUACUUAAUGUAAAUAAGCUAAUUCAAAAACUUUCCUCGCGGAUUCAUUGUACAACACAGACAAACCCACAGGUGUCUGGUGCCCCAACCUGUGGACACUCUCUGUGUAUAUCUGGAAAUGACGUUUUUAACUACCUUGGUCUAGCAGACAAAGAUGAAGUACUGGAAUCCAGUUUCGGGGACUUAUCCAAUCUUCUGGUGUACUAUACCUCGAUCGCCAAAAAUAACUGCGGUCAACCGGUGACCAUCAAUACUGGGUCAUCCAAGAAAUUUUAUAGUGACGAGCUUACCCGAUUUUUCACAAGAGGUGAACUGUUAUUGACGUCAUUGACAGCCAAAACUCUACAAGAAGCCAUCGAUGAAUUAAAUGAUAUAUACGAGUCUGAUGAUGAAAAAGAUGAUGAUCAUGAUGAUGAUCAUUCAGAUGAACAUCAAGACGGAGACAAUGACCAUUCUCAUGAGCAUAAUGAUGAAAUGACGACUAAAGACAGCCAUACUGAUGACCAUGGUCACCAUCAUGAUGACGAUCACGUGACAGCACCUACCACGGUCCAUGAUGACCAGUCGACUGAGUCAGUUCACGACAGCCAUGAGCAUGAUAAUGAUCACGAUAGCCAUGAACAGGACAGUCAUGAACAUGAUGAUGAUGACCCCAAAGUCAACCUUCAUCAAACCAAAUGUUUGAGUGCAGGUCGGCUAUAUGACGAGAUGUACAAAGAUCCACUAGAGGACGCUUUUGGUGAUGAGCACGAUUUAGAAGCUCUAUCUCAACUGCUUCUCUAUCACAUGUUGUCAGGGGAUAAGGUGAUGAGUAACUGUCGUCUGCUACCGAGGAAGAACUACAUCGAGAACGGUCUUCUCCAGUACGUCCAUGCCUUCAACAACACUAUCAAGAAGACGGAGCUGGAGAGUUUGCUGACUACUCUCGGUUUGGUACAAGCAAGCCAGGCAAUGACAGAGACGGGGGCCAGUCAUGAUGGACAUGACCAUAGGAGACGAAAGAGGGCUCUUCCAGAUACACCGUCUGUUACAUUUGCCAAAAAAUGCUACAAUGCGAAUGAGAUUAUGGCCAUCUACAAUUCAAGAAACACCGAUACCUUGUCCAAACAAAAUUUCCUGGACCUAUGUCCAUCUCUAAUAUACCAACAAGUAACAAAGGCAUGCGCACCGCUUCCCAAGGAAGGGAAAAAACACCAUCUGGGAACCGCUGAAGCCUACGGGUACGGAACUGUGGCUGUCUUUAUCGUCUGUCUCUGUGCAAUAGGGGCCAUACUCUUCAUACCGCUGGCCAACACCAUUUGUCUUAACACCUUUGACUAUGUCCUGGCUGUCUUUCUCGGACUGGCUGUUGGAACUUUGGUUUCUGAUGCUAUUUUGCAUCUGUUUCCAGCUGCGUUUGGUUUACACGUUCAUUCUGAGGAUGAGCACGCCCAUGCUCACGGAGAUGAGGUUGUUAUGGAGCCCUAUGUGGGAUACGGACUAGCCGCUAUGGCAGGUAUUUACGCGUUCUACUUCAUGGAGAUGAUGUUCAAUUUGUUAAGUAAGGGGGAUAACUCCGAGGACAGCCAUGGACAUUCACACAUGCCUACCUUGGACAAAUUCGAACUGCACAGUGGUCAGAAAAAUGGGAAGUCGGAGUCACGGUCUGAAUUGUACGAAGUGCGAAGUGAUUCCGAUUCCGAGUACAGAACAAAAGUCGUGUCCCCUGGGGCCAAAUCCCUAAUUCUGAUGGUUUUAUUUGGAGACGCACUGCACAAUUUCGCUGACGGUUUGGCCAUCGGUGCAGCGUUUACCGAGAGUCCGUCAGUUGGUAUUGCCACAACCAUUACUGUGUUCUGUCAUGAACUGCCACACGAACUGGGAGACUACGCCAUUUUGGUAUCCAGCGGCAUGUCCAGAGCCCGAGCCCUAUGUUUUAACUUCCUGUCAUCACUCACUGCUUUUAUUGGUCUAUACAUCGGGGUUUCCGUAUCAACCGACGACACAGUCCGGCAAUGGAUCUUCGCUGUCACUGCUGGACUGUUUCUGUAUAUUGCUCUGGCAGAUAUGUUGCCACAUAUGACAAAAGGAGGAAAGGGCUCUCGAGGGAAGAGACUCAGGAUGAUUAUAUGUAACAACUUUGGCAUCUUUCUAGGGGCGGUGAUUUUAGUUCUCUUGUCCUUAUUUGAAUCCAAAAUCAAAGUGGGCUGAUUGUUGCAAUAUUAAAUAAAUAAAUAUGUUGUGCAAUUAAAAUUUUAUAUCCCCUGAAUACAUAUUUGUUUUACAGUUAUGUAAUUUUUUUUGAAUUUUAAAAUAUCAAAAUGGCAUUGGAAUGUUUCAUAUGCAAUAUACAUUUGUACAAACAUUGAUCAAUUCAAAAGAAAUUUCUGUGCAAUUUAAUUUUACCAUGUCCAUUUAUGGAGUUUCCUGUAUCAUUUUACCUUUUUUUUUGGUCUUUUUCCAUUAAUUUUAUCUAAUAUCAAAAUGUACCAUAUGCAAUGUAAAAAAAAUAUAAUAAUCACCCCCCCCCCCCCCAUGAAAUUUAUUCAUGAAAGGAGACGUGAAUAGCAAUGUGCAUAGUGUUUAUUUUGCGACACAUUAUACAUAAUGACAGUGCUUUGUAUCAGUCCAUAGAACAACUACAUUAGAUGUUUUUAAAGGUAGAAACCGUAGUAACUGCAUUUACCUUCUCUAAUUAAUUCCUAUUUGUUUCUGUUUUCUGUCUGUGAUAUACCACUAAAUAUUUUAUUGUAUUAUAUCAAUUAAUGAACCAUUUUGUUUUUGCUCACCUCGACGGAGUAAUUGUACCCUACAUGGACAAAACCUUUUUAGUUGAACUCAUUCAUCUGGUGUGAGACUGCUUACUUAUAAAACGACUUUCGUCGAGGCGAGCUUCUUUAUUAUUUUAUUAUCUGUUUUUCCUCCUGUUUCAUUUGCCUGAGAUUUGAAUAUUUCAUCACCGUGUGUACAAUUCAUAAUACUCGCUGAUCAGUUUCUGGGCCGACUGGGGUUUCCAGUGCGCAAUAUUUCGCGCAGCAGAGUGAAAUCAAACGUUUUAACACUCUUUGAGCAAUUCUUUUUGCAGAAUUCAUCAAAUUUAACAAAAUUCAGAAAUCAUAGGCUAAAACAUUUAAUAACAUUGUUAAGGAACUGAUUUUUUAAACGAUUUUUUCAACUUAUAGGUAGAUGGACGUCGUAGAAGUAUGUUUUUGAUGUUAUGAUAAACUGAAUUUCUCGGGGGGGGGGAUAAAAAAUGCUUCAGAAGAAAAAUUAUAAAAUAAAUAUUUUGUAUUAUUUUAAUUUUUUUUUUAUUAAAUCCCUAGUUUAUGUCAUAUUUUGUAGUACCAGAGGGGGCAUCUCAAAACGUCAAAAUUUACGAAUUUUUCCGUUUUUAUUGAGUACUACGAAAUAUGUUUGUGCAAUUUGCCUUGAAGUGUGAAAGCAUUUUAUUAUUAAAAAAGCUAUUUCUUUCUAGGAACAAGGCCGAAUAUUGUUUGGACUAGCCAUGUAACAUGUUUGAUUAUGAAUAUAACACUUGUAUAUACGUUUCUUUUUUGCAUUUCUACAGAAGGAAUAAAAAAUGUCAAAGUUCUGA